AUGGCCGCCGCCGACCCAGUCCGCGACGGGCAGACGGCCCUCGCGCUCCGCCUCGCCAACCACCUCACGGCCGCCGACGCGGACGUCGCCGCUAAGAACGUCGCGUUCUCGCCCGUCUCCAUCCACGCUGGCCUCGCGUUGGUGGCCAUGGGUGCGGGCGGCGCCAUGCGGGCCCAGCUGCUCAACUUCCUCGGCGUGCCGACGGCGGACGGCCUCGCUGCCUUUGGUCGCCUCGUCGCCGAUCGUGUCCUGGCCAACAAGGCGGGCUCCGGCGGGCCGCAUGUGCUCUUCGGCGGCGGCGUCUAG